AUGAACGAUUCUUUAUAUGAUCAAGGUCUGGACCCUUGUUCUAGUUUGUACACUACAAACACAAAAGUUUUUCUCUGGAACCCUGGAUACCCAUCAUCCCCUCUAACAGGAUCUUCUACCUGCACAUGCUCAGUUGAAACUUCAUGUGAUUCUAGGAUAAUGUUAACAGCAAUAGACCUGCGAUUAGGUACCAGUACAACUUGUAAGCAACAUAUAACAAUAACAGAUGGCAGCACAGUAAUCAUUUUUGAUUGUAACGACAAUAAUGAUUACCUACCAACACCACUCUAUGUCAGUACCUCUCAUUUCAUACAGAUACAGAUCGUUGAUAACUUAGGCUUGGCAAAUGGAUACUACUUUCUCUUACUUCAAGGAACCUCGUCUGGGGCAGAAUUAACAUUGUCCUGUGGCAGUACAGCCCUGGCGUCACCUUCUAUACCUUCUACUAGUUUGUCUGAUUGUUCAAGAACCGAUGUCACAACAAAAAUGAAAACAUUGCCAACUGUCACCUCUACAGACCCAUACAUUGGUUCGGAAGUUUCAAAUCCACCUAUGCUUAGUACAAAAAAAGAAACAAUGACCAUCAUGACAACUCCAAAAGUUGUCACAACAGAAAGCACAACAACACAACCUUUCACUUCUACAAAAUCUGACAUUAGUUCAGAAGCUCCGAUUCUGUCUAUGCAAAGCACUAAUGUAGAAACAAUGAUAAUUCCAACUGAUUUUGGAACAUAUAGUGUCAUUAAAGAUUCACAUACGACUAGCGAUAUAUCACAUAAUGUUGUUACCAGUAGAGACCUUCCAAUUACUAGGGAAAAUGAAGUAACAUUAACAACAAGAAAUGACGUAAACGCAACUGAAAAAACAAUAACAGAUUUAUAUUCAAAAACAAAUAAUGAAAUCACAAUACCAGGUGGCAAAACAACAAACAGGUCAACAGAUGGGAUUUCAUAUUCAACAGAAAUAAACAAUUCCCAAACAACUAAAGAUGUUUUGAAUUAUACACCAACAGAAUCAGUCUAUGUUACUCUUGGGUGGACAUCAACACUGCAAAACUUAACUGUAACAAGAUCUUUUACUCCAAUAUCACCAGACAGCAAUAAUUCUCAAAAGACGCCUUUAACUGAAAUUGAGCAAACAACAUUCACAAAUGCAUCAGUUUCAGUUGACAGAUCUUCACCAAAUACAAUCCGUCGUAAGUAA